AACGACAGAGCCUUAGGGGUGAACUAUGCAUUAUAACUGCUUCUGCAGAGUCAAUUACAAUACCCCGGUCCUUGGUUUUACGUCUCAUCUGAAGGACAGAGUACACUUUCUACCAAUUCCUUUUGGUUUGGGCAUGUCAGGAGAGAGCCAGGAGAAGCGCAGCAUGCCGAACUGGAGUGGCUCUGCCUCAGAUUUCUUUGCCUGGGUGGAGCAGCUUCGCUCCCAUGCCGGAGGUGUGAAGAUGGAUGAACUGGCCAGAAUCUUCUGGGCUCAUUUCCCCUCUGCCUCCAUACUGGGCUAUGAGGUCCCAGAACCCGAGAAGUGAACAGAGAGACAGCAGCGGACAGAUGUGAAAACACAAGGUCACCAGUUGCACAAGCCUACAUCUGCCUGCAGCUCCCUACUGUGUAUAUGCACUCUUUAUAUAAGAGGAAAGAUUGCUACAAGUUUCACCUCCUGUUGUUUGUAUUCAGAUUGCAGGGCAGGUAGUAAAGUAAAAGAAAUGAAAUGCACAUUAUUGCA